AUGGAGCGCCAUCGUAUCCGUCCUCUCCUCCAGUCGCUCACCACCCAGCUCAUCACCCUGCAGCCGGACGAGCCGCUUGUCUUUCUCCGUGCGGCGCUGGCGGCAGCGUUAGGGAUUCCUGCUGAUGCUGAAGCAAGGAUGGAAGAAAGUGCGGCGGCGCGGGCUCCGGGCAUCGACAUCGGCGUGCAGACCGAGGAGGUGACAAAAGGUGGGGGUGAUGAGGGCGGCAAUGCGUCGUCGUCGGACGAGUCGAUGGUGUCGGAGGCCGGCGGGUCCGAGUCGGACUCGGAUGUGAGUUGCGGGCCGGACAUGAAGCGGAUUCUCUCCGAGGUGGCUGAGGUCCGGUCGUUCCGCAAAGACCAGAUAUCGUCGAUCAAGCAGCGGCAGUCGAAGCGGCCGCGGGCCAUCUCGUCGUCGACCACGCGGCCGUCUACGGCCGGUACACCCAAUAGGGCGACCAAGCACUCUGUCAAGGAGACGUUUGAGGUGACGCUGACCGGCGACGAGGACGGCGACGUGCUGAUCAACCAGUACCAGGUGAUGGAGCUGCUCGGCAAGGGCGCGUACGGCGAGGUCUUUCGGGUCAUCGACACCUCGGACCCGUUCCACCAUCAGUUUGCCAUGAAAGUUCUGCGCGCAGCCAAGAUGAAGAAGACACUCGCGCGUCCGCGCCCCGGUGCGGUGCAGUCGCAAGACAUGUCGAACGCGGCCGAUCCGCGGCACGAGCUGGCGAUCAUGAAAAAGCUCUCACAUCCCAAUGUGGUCAAGCUCCGUGAGGUCAUGACCGAUGGCUCGGUUGCCAACAAGAUGUACUUUGUGAUGGAGUACCUGCCGUUUGGCACCGUUAUGUCAGGCUGCCACAACGGCGAGGGCCUCGAGAUCGAGGCCACCUAUGUGUACAUGCGCGACAUUGUGUACGGGCUCGAGUACCUGCACCACCAGGGUGUGGUCCACCGCGACCUCAAGCCGGACAACCUGCUCAUCGACGCCCAGGGCGUGAUCAAGAUCACCGACUUUGGCGUCUCACACGUCUUUGAGGGCACCGACGACUCUCUCUCGUCAACCCUCGGCACGCCUGCGUACUUUGCGCCCGAGCUCUGUACUCGCGGGCAGGAGGUUGAGGGCAAGGCUGUCGAUGUGUGGGCCCUCGGCGUGUGCCUCUACGAGUUCCUCUUUGGCAAGCUCCCGUUCAUUCCGCCGGCCCGCGGCAACCCGUUUGCCAUUCAGCGGGCGCUCUUCAAGCUCAUCCGCGAGAACGAGGUCAAAGUCCCGAGCGAUGUCGAGAUUGACCAGGACCUGCGGGCGCUCCUUUUCCGACUGCUCGAGAAGGAUCCGCAAAAGCGGGUCACCAUUGCGCAGCUCAAGGUUGACCCCUGGCUCUGCCAGGGCGGCGAACACCCGAUGCUCGACCAGAACCUCGGCUCGAUCUCUGUCUCGCAGAAGGAAGUGGACAAGGCCAUUACCCUCGGCAUGGCCACCAUGUCCAAGGUGGUCUUUUACGCCUCGCGCUGGCGCCGCCGCUCCAAGCUCGCCAACACCACGUCGGAUAUCGAGGUGCUCGACGAUGGCGGCGACGGUCCGUCGAUGGCCGAGGCUGCCCCGGCCUCGCCGGUCCGCAAGCUUGUUCUCAACCGCUCUAAGCUCGACGUGUUGGCCGAGGUCUCGACCGUCGAGAAGAUCAUCCGCACCUCAGGCUCGUCGGCCGGUCGGACUGAUCGCUCGUUCGAAGCCUCCGACGGUCUUUCAUCGGCGUCGGUUUCGGCCUCGGACGUUGACGCCUCCAGCUCGCGUUCGGGCUCGUGCUCUGGAAGCGGCUCUGGAAGCGGCUCUGGAAGCGGCUCUGGAAGCGGCUCUGGAUAG